AUGGCAAGAGUCAAGCAAAAGGUGGCCAAGAAAGGUGCUGCUGGCUCCUCAACCCGAGGGAGCCAGGUGGCGAAGCAGAAGAGACACAAAAUCGCCAUUGGAGGGGACCCCCAGGAGAAGAAACUUCCCACAGUGGUAAGAGCAAAAUCAGCUUGUCGCGGCAGCAUUACCAGUGCUUAUGACCCGAAUAAGAUCUCAUUCCAAGAGCGUCCCCCGCCUGGAUAUACUUUCAUUCCCGCCGGGAACCCCGAGCUCACCAACGCGCUGAAGGAAUUCGCUCGCCGUGGUGACCACAAGAUCUACGCCGUGACGAUCACUCCGCAUGCUGCGCGCCAUGAAUUGUCGAGGGAAGUACAUCGUGUCGGCUUCCACUUCCCCACAAGGAUUGUCGACCAAGUUUGUGCCCACUACGGCAUCCGCCUCAAUAGUGAAGGAAAGGUCGUUGAUGAGUCGAAUGACGAGAACUUUUUCAGCAAAGUAUAUCGCAACUCGGACGGUCAACGUCCAGUGGAAGAGAAGGACCAGAUCACCAUCAACACUGAUGCCAAACAGACUAUCAAAGAUUUGUUCCCCAAUAUCCCCAACAAUGAUUUGUACCAGAUUAUCAAAACAGCAUUUCAGCUGGGCGAUCGUAGGGUUGGCACUGCAAACGAACUACCCCUUGUUCGAAGAGCCCAGCUAUCUGUUGUUGCCCACAUCCGCCACAACUACACCCAGUAUGACAAGUUGCUGAGACAGAUGCCAUACAAUGAGGCUCGUCACAUGGUGGAAAGAGAGACGCUCAUCAAGCUGGUGGAGUGGCGAGGUGGUGAAGAUACGACUCUGGAAAGCGCCACAGGUGCCGCAGAUGAUCUUCUCAAAGAAGUCAUCGUCAUCUCUGACGAGGAAGCGUCUGACAGUGACUCCGACAGUGUCGAACCCUUGGGCCAAGACCGUGUCCAGGUUGAAGAACUCCCAAGCACCUCCUACGCUCCCGGCCCUGGGCGUCCCAUAUCGCCCCUUCCACAACUGCAACCUGAACGAAUGCUGGACUAUCCACCUGCGGUUCGCAGCUACAGGCCAUCUAACGCUGAGAUUGCCCGACGAAAUCAGAGCAGAUAUGCCAUCUGGGAACAAGCUAAGCGAGACUAUCGGUCCAGCGUGGCCCAGAGACCAGUCACUGUUCUGGAAAGGAUCUACGAGCCUGAGCCGGCUCCAGCACCACGGGUUCUUGUCCCGCUUGAUCCUCCAACCCACUCUCCUGCCCAGAUAUUCCAUACUCAGGCUCCUCCAACAAGCAUAGCAAGAGUGGAUUACGAGCCCACGAUUCGAAGUCGACAAUCAAGUCCACCAACGUACAUCCGAGACGCCAACGGGAUUUUGUAUGAGAGGAUCGACACUAGGCGUGCGAAUCCUGCCGACACUUCCCAACACUACCACCACAAACAACCGGCACCGGUGAUGGCGGGACCGCAAAUUAGAACGCGCCCUUCCUCGCCCCAAGACUUCUCUCGUCGGGAUUCGCGCAACCAUGCGGAUUUAGAGAGAGGUGAUGGCACGAUACUGCCAUCGAUUGAAGGACCUGAUGGGUCAUAUAUCUCUCCUCGCUUACGUCGAAAUCCGUUCGAAGCACAUCCUGAGCCUCGUGACACUAACCCAAGGCGGGAGGAUGGCGGCAACGCAAGGAAUGCUGCCUACAUUGACCUGACACUUAGCUCCAGCCAAACGCCUAAGAGACGUCGGUUAGAAGAGGCGCAACCAGUCCAAGAACGCCGCAUGAACAGAAGAGAGUCCCCGAGCAGGCCUGUUGAACAUCACUAUCUGCCACCUCGGCCGGUGGCUGCCCAUACUGAAAAUCGCACAGCUAAUUAUGGUGAGCCACGAUCCAGCCCACGUCUACAACCGGCGGUUUCUACCCGGGAGACUGCUUAUGCUGAUCGUCAACCCCUCUACGAUGCUCAUGAUUUACCGCACUCUGUUGUACGUCUCUAUGAACCCAUACCUGCCCCUCAUGAGCUUCGUGAGACAACCACGAUGCAGCGUCGUUAUCCUCCACAAACCUACGCGGCGCCCACCCACAAUGAGGUUGAGUCAAUCCGGCCAGUUCGAGAUCUGGGAAAGCAACCGCUGCUUUCACUAGGUCAGGUCUACGAGCUCACUGGCGAGUCUCGCACAUAUAACAGCCAGAUUGCCGGGGAGCCGGAGAGGCUCGUCCGUGAAGAAUACGUGCAACCUGUGAUGCAAGAGCCUCGCGUGCGGUACGUUUAUGCUGAUGGAACCAGCGGCCGUGAACCUCUACAAUCUCUGCCUCCACAGCAUUUGCCUGAGUAUGAUCGACGCCCAGCUCCUCUGCACUCAUAUGCCCGCUGA